UGAGGCCAGCCGCAAUGUUCGAGUUGCAGCUACAUUAGAGCCAGCGGCAGCUGUCAAUCUGGAGUACCUGGUGUUGGCUUUGAAGGUGCGUCGCCAAGAACGACGGGAGCCCCUGUUCUCUUUGGAUCCGGUGGACCCGGCAAACAUGGAGACGACCACACAAAAGAAACGUUAUGAGCCUGAGUGGCUGGCAGGCACAAGCGUCGGGGAUGUCAUGUUCCAGGCGGACUAUUUCUUGAAAGAGUUGGCAUUGGGCGAAUACACGAUGCCUGUGGUUGGCAUGCUUAGUGUCUUUGACUGGUCCGAGGCCUUGAAUUUGCACCACCAGCCGUGGGCGGGGCGUGAGUGGUUCGUCGUCAAGAAGGCCCAGGUGCAGAUGGCAGAGGACAAGACUCUGAUACCCCUCGUGAAGAUGGGUGUGGAGGCUCGCGAGCAAGUCCUCACCGCCAACGGCCUUCAGGAUACUCCUAUCACUAGCGCCAGCCAUCCUUUGCGAAGGUUUGCUGAUGCUUUCACUCGCAACUUUGACUUGAUUGCUGAGCGGAAGAGUGUCAUUUUCCACUUGCGUGAGCUGGCGAAGGCCUCCGUAAUGGCCAAGUUUCUGGUGGACUCUGGUGCUUGCUUGGAUGAGCUGUGGAAAACAAUUGGUGAGGAAAUUCUGGCCGACACAGCCCCAGAACUCCAUACUGAAAUUCCACAGCUUUGGAAUAUGCGUGGCCUCUCUCGAAUCCGCCUGGAGAAUGGCAAGAUCGUUGAUAAUGAAACAGGCAGUGUGAGCAAUCUCCAUGCCAUCUAUGGUGGUGUUGAGUUUGGCUUGGACCGGUUUGAGUUGGCACAGCGCCAUGCCUUGCGACCAGGUGUUCCUGGAAUGGUCAUGCAACAAGCUGGCCUUCAAGGUAUGCAGCUGGGCCCUUCUGGUCGUCCCAUGUUUAUGCCACAGAGGUUCCAGCUCACGCAGCGUGGAGAGAUGCCUCAAGGUGUUGACUUAGACCUGGACAAGUUCAACUUGGAGGUGGAUCAGUGUGGUUGGGCUGCCUGCAGUGGUGGUCCUGACUCCCUGGAGGCACGCACUCACUUGGGCAAGGCAUUUCUGAAGGGGCUGCGAGAAGGGUAUGACAGCAUCAAAGAUGACGACAAGGAGGUGCUCCAAGGCAUCUUCAAAGCAGCCUUGGCUGACCGCACUGGAGAAGGUGAUAUCUUCAUUCCUCCGAACCCAAACGCUUCCUACAUUUCAAAGUUGCGGAACCUUGUGAAUGAGGAGAAGGCGUUGCUGAAAAAGAGGAAGCUGGCCUUUUGCGAUCGUUCCUUCUUGCCUUCCCAUGCUGGACCCGAAUUUCCUCGGUCGUGGACUUCUGGCUUCAAGCUGGAAAAUGGAUUCUCACCUGCUGUACUCAUGAAGCUCAAGUCUGCCCUGGUGCAGCUGCAAGUGGAUUCCAACUUCCAACAGACCUUGCUCGACGAGGUUCUACCUGUAGCAGCACCGGAGUUCCAAAAAAGCACGGAGGAUGGAAUAAUUUUCCGUAUCUAUAGGUUGGGCAGCUUGGAAGUUCGCACAAUUCAGGAGCCUGAAGGACAAGAAGAAGUAGGUGUUGUCUUCUCCACCCGAGCUCCAACUUGGGACCUUUCUGCUAGCAAAUCCUCGGGCAAAGCAAUCCGUGAUGAUGAAAAGGUCGUCCGGGGCCGCAUCUAUGUCGAAGCAAUUGACAUUGAAACAGCAAGACGCUUAGACCAGAAAUGGUCCAGCAAGCGCCUGGAUUAUUGUCAUCACUAUGUGGUCCUGGAGACUGAGGAGGAGAAUGUUAUAGUUACAGAGAAGUUUCCUGAUGGCACAACCAUGAUGGUUGUAAAUCCGGAGGGUGUGGAAGACCGCAACUCCUUGGCAAAGCUUCUGGCGACUGCUGAAGAUUGCAAGGACAUGGAUGUUGCAGUUGGAAAGGUGAAGUUGCUCCAGAUCAACCACCAUCGAAAAGAUCCAGAAGGCGCAAGUCCCUCGCUGCGCAAGCGCUACGCCAAGGCGGUCUUUUGCAUGUUGCGGCGCCAGGUGCGCAAGACAAAGGGCCUGGACCGGCGGCCGUACACGUCUCGCAAGCAGGUGGUCGACAAGUGAAAUGGGCAUUUGGAUCCCUAUGCAUUAUGCAAGUGAUGUCCAUGAGAAAGAAUAAGUGGGGUCCGAGCAAUGGUUGCAGCAGAGCUUGUACACAGGAACAUGGCAUCCUAUUGCCCACAAAGUUGCUCAUGUAAUUUGGACCUCCCAAAUUGCCUUGUUCAGCGGGGCAGUGCUAGUUUCUUCCCACUGACGUGCAAAGAUGCAUGCAUACAGUUUCAUAAUGAAUGGGUUGAUUUGGUUGAUUUGGCUGGCUGCGGC